AUGCAUUGGGAUAAGUACCUGCUGGUUUUGUCCGCUGUCAUAAUCAGCAUGUCCUGCUUACAAUUCCUGGACCAAGAAUGGGAAGCCUGGAAAACCAAACACGGAAAGGAAUAUGUCACCUCACAUGAUGAAACAUUUCGGAGAAAGGCCUGGGAAGCAACGUGGCAUAAAGUGCAGAAUCACAAUCUAAAGUAUGAUCAGCAUCUCACAAAGUACAGAAUGGAGAUGAACAAGUUUGCAGAUAUGACAUCAGAGGAACGUAGCUCCAGGAACUGCCUUUCUUCAAAACACAAAAGAGGCAUCAGGGGAGCAAACUUUCCUGUGCGGACUUACGAAAAAAACGUAAAUGUCCCAAAAUCAGUUGACUGGAGAAACUCAAAGUGUAUUCCCCGCGUGAGAAAUCAAGGCUUUUGUGGAUCCUGCUGGGCAUUUGCAACGGUGGGAGUAUUUGAGGCUCGCAACUGCAUUAAGACCAAAAAGCUUGUUGAACUAAGUGAGCAGCAGCUUGUGGACUGUGAUGAUGAGAAUGAUAGUUGUUGUGGAGGAGAUCCAGCAACUGCUAUGCAGUAUGUUACACACAAUGGUAUUAUGAAGCGUCAAGACUAUGAGUAUACAGAUCGGGCAGGUUGCGCCUACAAGCAAAAGACGGCAAUAACAUUGAAUGUGACCAAAUACUACAACAUGUUUGAAGAAGAAAACAUGGCAUUGUCUGUGGCAAUAGACGGACCUAUUGCAGUUUCAAUUGAUGCAAGUGAUGAUUUUCAGUUGUACAAAGAUGGUGUUUUCACUGGAGAAUGUAGCACAGAGCUCAAUCAUGCAGUAAUUGUAGUGGGAUACGGCACAGAAUACGAUGAAACGGAGGAUGAAAAUGUAGAUUACUGGAUAGUAAGAAAUAGGUAUGUAUCACAAUGGUCAAAAUUUUCAUUUCAUAUUGCCUAA